AUGAAAUAUUCAAUGGUAUUUUGUUUAUUGGCGGUUGUUUUACUACAACAAUGCAUGAGUGCUCACGUUCAUCACGAAGGAGAGAAAAAUGAUGAAGAUCACAAAACUCACAUGAGCCAUGAAGGAGGUGACCAUAAAGGCCACAAACAUGAAAAUUGUGGUCACCCAUCCCAUUUGGUGGAAGAUCACACAUCUCAUACGGUGGAAGAUCACACUGGCCAUAACCAUGGUCCUAUUGAAAACCCAAUUUAUGAUGACCCAAUUCAUGACAACGGAGCUGGUGGAGUUUAUGGUCACCAUCAAGAUAUCAUUCUCCAAAAAUUUAGAAAGGGUCAAGCAUUGUAUUAUCAAUAG